AUAAAAUUUCUAAUUUGGUUGCCCAAUAUGCAGCACAAAAAGAGGACCUUAAAAGAAAGAGCGAAGAAGGAGAAGACCCUUAGCAUCAAGGAGAGAUCCAAGAUUCAUCGAGAAAGAAAGAAGAGGUAUUAUCAGGAAUUGGAGAAGAAGGUGGCUGACCUUGAAGAAGAAAAUAGACAACUUAGGGCUAAGUUAGUACGGAGCUUAGGAGAGAAGGAUCUAGGUGCAGGAUUAGGAGCUGGAGAGAAAGGAUCGGCACAGGUUUUGCAAGAGGAGGAAAAGAAUGUGUAUGAGCUUUAUCCGAAGAUUAUUGAAAAUAAUCCGAGUCAGUUUAGAAUGUCGAUGUAUGAAACUUCUAGAGAUUUACAAGGAGCUUUUGGGACAGAGAGGGUUAAAGUUCUCAAGUCUGCAUUCAAUUCAAUUGUUGAGAACUGUAUACCGUCUUUCUUUAAAGUACUCCUGUGUGCUUUUAAUUACAUUCCUUGUGAUAGGUUCUUCCCUCUCCUUCGUGAUAGAUCAAAGAAACAUAGAUCUAUGUAUAAGUUUUAUCGAUCAGAAGUUCCGGAUAAAGUUUAUAAAAAUUCAACAGAUGCUUCUGCUGGAGAGAAUUCUCCUUCGACAGAGGAAAUUCCUGAUAAUACCAAAAUUCUAUCUCAAAGUUGAAAUGCUAAGGAGCUUCAUCAGAGACGUUUCCGAAUAGAGCAAGCCCUCUACUCUUACCCCUUUUCUGAAUCAGUCAUCGACUGUUGGACUAAAGUAGGGAAGAAGACUAGAGACUAUUUAAAAGAAGUGAAACAUACUAUUAAAGAUCUUGUCAGUGUACGCAACAAAUUAUUACGAAUUCUGAGCGGGCUCCACGAUGACUUCUUCGAAUCUAGCAUGUAUGAGUCUUUCACUGCCCAAGAUGUGUCUACCUUCGGAAAGCUCUGAUGAGACCUUAAAGGAUCUGACCUGUUAGACCCAUUCAUGCUGUAUGAGCUGAAGAAACCUCAUAGCGAAGAGAGGGAAGAAGAUGAAAUCUCGUGGAUAGGAGUUUAGUAAGAAUUUUCAAAUUAAGAC